AACAAAUGGUAUUUUUAAUGAAUGUUUUGAAUUUUCAUUAAAACCAAAUGAUUUAUUAAAACGAACAUUACGUUUAACUGUAUAUACAGUUGAUUCAAUAACUCGUAUUCGUAAUAUUCUUGGACAUAUAUUUGUUAAAUUUGAUAAAUUUCUGGAUGAAAAUAUAGAUGAUAAAACAUUUUCAACAAAUAUUUUAUCUGAAUAUUUUACUCAAGAUUUACAAAUUCGAUCAGAUCAUGUUGGAGAAUUAAUAUUAACGAAUUAUUAUUUAAAAGAUCAGAAUCUACUUCAAAUACGAAUACAACAAAUAAAUAAUUUACAUAUUGAUAAAAUCAACAUAAAACUUCCAUUUAAAGCUCAUUUUAGUGGACAAACAUCUAAUUCUUGUGAAAAAUAUCAUUGGACAAAUACCCCAUCAUUUAUUAUUUCUUCAUUAUCAUCAUCUCGUAUUAAUCAAGAAUUAAAUUUAACUGUUUAUUCCAAGAAUGAAAAUCAUAUUGAAUGUCAUCUUCGUCUUCAUUUACAUACUUCGAAUCAAAUACAUAGUCAUGCUCGAUGGCAACAUUCACUGAAAUCAAAUACGCCAACAACUAUAACUGUACCACUUGUUGUUGUAUAA